GGGGAAGGGAAUGAGGAAUAUCCAACACGGCUAUUCCCUUUUCUUGAGAGGGAGGUGGAUCGGAGUGUGAACACGGGAUGGACUUCGCUGUUUCCCAUUUCUUUAUUGUAGAUUUCGUGUAUGGCUCGGAUACGACAGGGCGGAAUGGCGUAGCGAUCCCAGAAAUCGUUCGGUGUCGCGCAGUUCUCACGGUUCCGAAACGACAACAUCGACUUCAGUUUUCUUGACGACGCCCUCCGUUUCUCUCCUUCCUCACUCCACAUUAACCCCCCCUUGUCUCUUUCUCUCUCGCGGCUCGCUAUUCAGCUACCCAGACUCCCGAAUCUCGUCCUCGCCUCCGCUGGUCUUCGGUUUCAGAAUUGGCUUAUAUGGCAAAGCAGGAAAUCCUCUUUGGGUCCUGAGUUGGAGAUUGUUGAUUGGUGAAAGGAAGCGCCUUUAGGUAUUGGAAAACUAAAGAUAGCGAAGACCAAUUACGUGUUAGAAGCAAGGGAGUUUCCUGAAGAUUAGCGACCCAAGUUGUGAAGGCAAUUAGACUGACAAACUAAAGUUGGUCACUUGGAAGUUCCUCCAAUAUUGUGAUAAGUCUGGGGAGUAGAAUAACCAGUGACGGAUGAAACAGUGUAUAUUAUGUCUGCACUGAUUGAAGGCCUUCCAGACGCUGUUGCACUGAGGUGCCUUGCACGUGUUCCCUUUCACCUCCAUCCAAAGCUGGAACUCGUUUCUCGGUCGUGGAAAGCUGCCAUACAUAGUCUUGAACUUUUCCAGGCCCGGCAAGAAGUUGGCUCUUCAGAAGACUUAUUGUGUGUAUGUGCUUUUGACCCAGAGAAUUUAUGGCAACUCUAUGACCCUCUCCGAGAUCUUUGGAUUACUCUUCCCGUUCUUCCAUCAAAAAUCAGGCACCUAUCCCAUUUUGGCGCAGUCUCCACUGCUGGAAAAUUAUUUGUGCUUGGUGGUGGCAGUGAUGCAGUUGAUCCGCUGACCGGUGACCAAGAUGGAAGCUUUGCCACCAAUGAAGUGUGGUCGUAUGAUCCAGUUACAAGGCAGUGGGCUUCGCGUGCUUCCAUGCUUGUACCUCGUGCCAUGUUUGCAUGUUGUGCUUUGAAUGGAAAAAUUGUUGUUGCGGGUGGAUUUACCAGCUGUCGGAAAUCAAUUUCCCAAGCUGAGAUGUAUGAUCCUGAUAAAGAUGUGUGGGUCCAGAUACCCGACCUCCACCGGACCCACAAUUCAGCGUGCUCAGGUAUGGUGAUUGAGGGAAAAGUGCACGUACUGCAUAAGGGGCUAUCCACUGUGCAAGCCUUGGACCAUGUGACUCUGGAGUGGACCGUAAAGGAUUACGGUUGGCUCCAAGGUCCAAUGGCAGUAGUUCAGGGUUCCCUCUACGUUAUGAGCCAUUGGCUCAUUUUUAAGCUAGAUGGGAAUGAGAGGAAGUUCAUAGGCUCUGCCCAGGAGUUCCGCAGGAGAAUUGGGUUUGCCAUGUUUGGUUUGAGGGAUGAAAUUUAUGUGAUCGGAGGGGUUAUUGGUCCCGACAGAUGGAACUGGGACAUUAAGCCACUUUCUGACGUGGAUGUUCUCACAAUUGGGAGCGAGAGGCCGACUUGGCGACAAGUGACUCCGAUGACUCGGUGCCGUGGUACUAUUCUCGGAUGUGCGCUGUUGAGAGUUUAGGUGAAGGUUGUAAUAUCUUUUUCUUUUUCCUUUUUUGGCAGAUGGAUGAAAUGUGAGAUGGUAGUCCUCUUGUGGUUGUAGGGUUUGGUUUCUCAUUGAGCACAAGAGUGUCCUUUUGCCGUCUCCUCAUGUGUUUGUGAACCGUAAAAUAUUUUUUGCGUCGUCUAUGUUUUUUCAUCUGUUGAAAA